CAAAAACCGCCCGCGAGUGCUCACGUAGCGCUAGAGACAAGCGACAUCCACAACUCGACUGCGUUUCCGUCUCACUCUUGCUCUCCCGGUGCCGCUGUUUCUCUUUCUCACUGCUGCUCACGGCAGUCUCACGGUGAGACGUCGCGUUUGCCGCUUUACCUGCCGCAUUUUCCAUGCGCGCGGCUCAGUUUGUGGGCGCCUGCGCGCAUGUGCAGUUUGUUUUGGUCUUUGGCUUCGAUCGGUUGGCUUGGCUAACGGUUAACGAGAUACAGUCGAGUGAUACGAGAUCCGAUAUUUAAGAUACGGGAUCCCGAGAAACAUAGGCGUGGGUGUGCAUAAUCGAGCAUCAAUUCGUGCCGCAUGUCGAAAACAAAAGUGAUAACAAAAUCAAGUGCGACAAUUUACUAAACAUCAAAAUAUUUCUGCAUAUUUUUUUUUCCUUUUUUUUUACUUACGUGCAUUCUUUCAGAGAUCAUUUUAAAAAAGUAUAUUUUUUUGUACAUCAAAGUGAUCGGCACAUAUAUACCGUAAAAUACAAAAGAAAAAAACGAGUGUUAUUCCCACGCACAGCCGUCAUUUUUUACCUGUCGGCUGUGCAGGAUCAAUCAAAUAAACUGACAGACCCAUCGACUGGAUAACGCAGCAUUUCUCGAAGGCGGCGAAGGCAAGCGGCAAACAACACUUUUAGACUUUUCCUGGAAAAUUUGUAUGCCUCUACGGCGCAGACACUGAAAAUGGCAACUCGCAGCCAGUUGACAACUUUGGGACUGGCGCUGACAACGCUGCUAAUGACAGCUGUCGCGCUCUCGCCGCCGCAGCCAGCUGAUCAUUUAGUGCCGCCGCCGGCGCCACCUGCACCAACAACACCAACAGCAGCAGCAGCAGCAGCAGCGCUGCCCGUAGCGCAACGGCUGACACAUGCGGGCUACUCGGAGCCGGCGCAGGAAGCUGGCUUCAUGACACGCGUCGCCCGGUGGUUUGGCUUGGGCGGAUCUGGAACCGCCGCCCGGGAUCAGCAGCUGAGCGCCAGUUCGUUGAGCUAUGCAUAUCCGAAGCCGGCGCAAAACUUUGAUGCCGCUGGCAAGCCAUGCGGCCUGUGCAACAAGUAUCCCUGGGUGCCCAUGUUUGGUCAGCAGCAGCCGCCGCACAUUCAACAGCAACAGCUACAGCAGCUGCCGCAUCACCAGCAGCUCCCGCAUCAGCAGCAGAUCUCGGCCUGGCAACAGCAGCCGCUGGCGCAGGCAUCGCAGCAAAGGCAACGCGCCGUGCAGUUUCAUGCGCCGCCGCAGAGCGUCUUUCUGCCCAUCUCGGUGCCAGUUCCGGGGCUGAGUCAUGUGGCAAUGCCACCGGUUUACAAUGCCCAACCAUUCCGGCCACUGCCACAGCCACAGCCACAGCCGCAGCCGCAGCCGCAGCAGCCGUAUCCGCUGGAGAAUUUUGGCGCACACUCGGAGCUACGACCUGUGCCCGUGGUGGCCUCAACAACGCCUCGAUCUGCAGCAAGGCAGCCGAGCAGCAGCUUUGAGAUCGUUCAAAGCCAUCAGCUCACCGAUUUUAUCACCUCCGUGGAGUACCCGGCCACUUAUGUGCAGUCGCAUGCCAUUGAUCUGGGACAGACGGCAACGUCCGUCACACCGGUGCCCGCGAAUCACAGGCCCCUGCAGCAGCUACAGCAGCAGCAGCAGCAGCAGCAGCAGGAAGAGCCACAGCAGUCGCUGGACAUAAGCACUGUGCGCUAUCAGCUGGAGGAUCUGAGCAGCGGAGCAGUGCAUCAGCAUUUGCCCGCCUCGCAGCUGUUAACGGAACUGGGUCACUUUACGGCGUCCAACGCUGAGGCGCAGACAACUUUAAUCCCGCCAGCGGAUAACUAUCCGGCGGCUUCCUCGCAGCAGCAGCACCAGCAGGAGCAGGAGCAGGAGCAGGAACAGCAGCAUCUGUACUAUGCCGAACAAUACCAGGAGCUGGCCGAGACCAGCACUGUGACGCCCCUAUACGAGCAGCUGAUAUACACCACAGAGCUGCCGACUCCGGCAGCUGUUGAACUGAAUAAUCAUUUGGUGUCGCCGCAUGUGCGCGACGGACGGCAACGGGAAACGCCAAAACGGCUGCUCGACUCGCCCAUCAAUCAUGCCCAGGCCGGCGCCCCGCCGCCACGCCCAUUUACACGCGAUCCCGCCGAGUUGAAUUUCCGCCUAAGCCAGCCGACGCAUGCGCCGACGCCGACCUCCACGUAUGGCGCCAUCGAUGCCAGCGGGCAGUAUGCGGGCAUGUCGCCGCCGGGGCCACAGCAGGUAAUUAUACCCUAUACGACCAAGCAGAAGCCACGCCCCUUCGAGCCACCAAACUGGACGCCUGGAUGGCGGCUGCGACCCGCUCCGGCACAAGAGAACGACGUGGAGCUGCACGAGCAGCAGGAAUCGAAACUGGUGAGCUCGGCGACAGCGGCGCCGCCACCAAAUACGCGACGCACCACCAAAUAUCUGACCAAAAUACUCGCCUCCAAUUUGCGCGAGCUGCUCAAACGGGAGCGCGAGACAAAGCGACAGCGUCCAGCCCACUUCGGUGUGGAUAUCUCCAAGCUGCAGCACAACAUUGACGGCUGGACGGAGCAGGAGUACAAUUCGUUGUCGCAUCGCCCCAGCACCCCGACCAUACGCGGCCGCUCCAAGCACAUACCCACUGAGUACCUGACCACAACGACGCCGGCGACACCGACGGCUACGUCGACAACCAUGCGGCAGUCGAAGACAACGCGCGGCGGCGGCGGCGGCGGCUUUGAGCUGGGCGGCAGCGCCACAGCCAGCGUGGCCAAUGGCGGGGAUCUGUCUACCUCGAUUAACAACUUGGAGCAGCUGCAUCUAAGGCGUUUCCCGCCCGUCGAUGACAAUCGCCUGCUGCCCGAUUAUUACGAGGCGCUGCACCGGCACAGCCAAACCCCACGUAGCACGACACCGAUGCCAACCAUCACGCCCACUAGCACAACAACGCCCACAUCGACGGCAGAGCCGACACGGAAUACGGUUACGCCGCUUUAUGUGCGCAGCACGGCCCCCACGCCGGCACCCAUCGAACUGUGGAAGCAGGCCAAGGUGGCCAUUCUACCCGACACCAAUGAGAAGGUAUAUGUGGUCACCCCGCAACCGCGCCAUCAGCCCCAACAGCUGCAGCAGCAGCAACACGGCGAGCUGUCCGCAUCCGCAUCGGUGCCUGCACCGGUCUUCCAAACGCCAGCACCCAGAUUUCCGCGUGUGAGACCCACGCCAGGCACGGCGACAGGUGAGUCUGUUAGUGGCGAUCUGAUGGCCGCCACGCCCACGCCCUCAACGGAACAGCUGCGCAACUAUACGCCGGACAUAUUUGGUCUGAUGGGUCUGUCCGCGUAUGUGCCAGCGGAGCCUGUGGAGAUCAUUGAUGGCAAUUCCAAAGUUAUCACGAUUGUGACGUCGGCGCCAGCUGCGGCUGCGCUACAGCGACCAACACCAAGGUCCACGAUAUCGCCCAGGCCCAGAUAGAGCUACUCCCGGGACGCAGCCGACUCAGCAGAUCCGAGUGACCAGCAACCGGCGCAUCUAUUGUAAUAUAUUUCCCCAGGCCGAUUGGAUGGAUACAUUGAUUUAUCGUGUUGCGAAUUUAUUUCUUAAGCCUAAACCAAUUUUAGAGUAUUCUUGCAUUUGGUAGCUUUACACGUACAGUUAGUUUUAUAUGUAUUGGUAAUGUGCUUAACUUUUUUUUUUUGGUUUUUUUUUUGCUUGCGAUGAUAUGACGCGUCCUCUAAUAUUAAAUAUGUAUA